GUUUCUAUGGUUUAAUCGUCCCUUCGCUCUCAUUGCACCAUUCGUUCAUGCUUGUAACCCAUUGGGCCUGACCAGAACAACACCCACCCCCCGUGCUCUUCAAACCCGGGGUCUUGGCUCUUUAUUCUUUACUUCUAGGAUCGUACAUUACUAGAUCCAACCAACGGGGUCACCUCGUUAACUUCGAAUUUGACCGGCAGGUUUCAUUUCUGCCGUUCUAGCCUUUUCCCGCCUAUACGAGCCCUGACGCGGCCCUAAGGAGACACUUCUCUUCCUUCUCUCGUUGCUUGCCAAUUGCCUGCUUCUGCUGAAACAUGACGAAUGCUGGUUGAAGGCGCAAGAUAGAGUUCUCGUUUCUGGAUAUCACCUGCUUCUCUCUUUUUUACGACACAUCAUAUCCAUGUUACCUUCAUGAUAUAUAUUUAUAUAACCCGACUAGACCUGUGAGCAUAGUAUCUCUGUCAUGCAGCCACUCACUUCUGCCAUGAUUACAUUAAAAAAAUCGUUACUGGCGGCGCUGAAGUCGUUCUUGCGCGGCCGGUCCUUCUUACAAGCGCUUCUUGCGUUUUGGGUCAGCCCCAAGGCCUUAAAAGAACAUAACGUCGACGGAAAGAGGACGUAUCCGUUGAGGACCCUUGAGGAGUUUUUAGAGGAGGCGGAGAGGCUUUUCCUGGGUCCCAUAGACGAAGACGGGUUAAGGAAGUAUUCUUUGAAUCUCAAGCAACAGUUUCGAGAACGCCUACACAGCCAUGCAGAAUGCAUGCUUCCAUCCUUCAACCACCUAUUACCCACCGGAAAAGAACGAGGCCAAUAUCUUGCCCUCGAUGUCGGAGGAUCAACAUUAAGAGUUGCGCUAGUGGAACUAAGGGGUCGGGAGGCGACUGGAAAAGAAUGUGAGAUCGUUCGAAUGGUAACCUUCAAGAUCACGCCAGAAGUUAAGAAGCUUGAGGGUAUGAGUUUCUUUGACUGGAUGGCUGCUAGGAUCUACGAGGUUAUUCAAAAGGAUAUCUCACAUGACCAGGACGUAAUACCAAUGGGUCUUGCUUGGAGUUUUCCCGUAGAACAAGUAUCAUUAGGCGGUGGGCUUCUUCUCGGAAUGGGCAAAGGGUUUUUGGCCACUAGUGGUCUACUGGGCCAGGACUUGGGCGAACUUAUCAAGUUCGCCUGCAAGAAACACGACCUCAACGUCCAGCUUGCCGCUAUCGUCAAUGAUAGUUCAGCAACAUUAUUAUCACAAGCCUACACUCACGCCUCAACACGGUUCGGCCUCAUCUUAGGGACGGGCACUAAUAUUGCCGUCCACUUACCUGUGUCGGCGUUUAGUCGUUCUAAAUAUGGCAAACGGCCAGAAAGUUGGUUCGAAUCGGCAAGCCACGUUAUUGUAAACACAGAGUUAGGCAUGUUCGGAAAAGAUAUCUUACCCCUCACGCGAUGGGACGAACUCCUAAACGCCUCUCACCCCCGGCCCGACUUCCAACCACUAGAGCACUUAUUAAGUGGUUUCUACCUCGGGGAGAUCUGCCGAUUGGCCAUAGUCGAGGCUGUUGAGACGGCAGGGUUAUUGGGAGGUGAAUUACCGCCUUCCCUAGAGAAGCCGUACUCUCUCGACACAGAAAUUCUGUCGAGAAUCGAGGCCGAUACAUCACCUAAUCUCGAGAAAGCCCUAUUGCACUUCACAACACAUCACCCUUGUACUACGCCACCUACCGUAUCCGACAUAGCUGCAAUCCGUGGUCUUGCAAGCUUAAUAUCACGGCGCUCGGCCGCUCUAUUAGCCGCUUCGGUGUUCUCACUCUGGGAGUUACGGCACGAGACGGAGGCGGAACACAUCCCCAACACGCCUAAAUCUACCCCUUCUAAUGAUAGCGCUGUCGUAUUACCAUCGCCCUCGAUCGACGAAGAAAUCAGGGACAUCGAGGCCAGUACGAAGGUUGCUUUUAACGGUUCCGUCAUCGAGCACUACCCAGAAUACCGGGCCACGUGCCAACGUUAUAUCGAUGACCUCGUCUCCCACAGCGAGCACCCUGGGUCGGUAGACCUCGUCCCGGCUCUAGAGAGCUCGAUCCUCGGCGCUGCGGUCGCACUCGCGUGCGCUACCGAGUCGUAGAAAGUUUUCGGGGGCGCUCUAAGAUAGAUAAGGGAUCGUUUAUAUUGUAUAUACCAUUUAUAUCCUUUCGUGUUUUAUUGUUUUUUUUUUCUCGUUUGAAAACGCAUAUUUGCAUUCUACUUGAUGAGUUACGAAAAGCAUAGAGUGCUUUCAAUCGUCUUGGAUCGUCUUCAGGGAGGGCGUCGCAUGGGAAGUAAACAAGCAAGGAGCUUCGAAAGCGAUAACAUUUAGAAGGCGUUAAGGGUUACAACACAGGUUACCUAUUAGCAUAAUGAAAAAGACAUCAUCAUGACUACUAUCGCAACGUUCUUA